CAUUCUAUUCCACAGGCGAAUAUUAUAGGCCUAUCAUUUAAUGCACCCACAUCGUGGCAAGCAGUACUGUGUUGAAUUAUUAUUAUUGUUAUUUUUUAUAAAUGCUUAUUUGAACGGUUACUUGCAAACAACAAAAUAAAAAAGGAUAAAGAUGGCUGAAUUACCGAUGGGGAAAGGGGUUUCCGCAGGAAAAAUAGCGAGUAAUGUACAGAAAAAAAUUACCAGGGCUCAGGAAAAGGUUCUCCAAAAGCUUGGCAAAGCCGAUGAGACUAAAGACCUGGCAUUUGAAGAGGGUGUGAUUAACUUUAACAAACAGCUGGUUGAGGGUUCCAAACUGCAGAAAGAUCUUCGAGCCUAUUUGACAGCUGUGAAAGCCAUGCACGAGUCUUCUAGACAUCUCUACGAGUGCCUGGAUGACAUGUAUGAGACUGAUUGGUAUGGCAGAAAGGAUGUGGACUCCAUCUUCGAGGACUCAGACCUUCUCUGGACAGACUUCCAUCAGAAACUGGUGGAUCAUGCGCUUAUAUCCAUGGACACUUACCUGGGCCAGUUCCCUGAUAUCAAGGCCCGUAUUUCAAAGCGAGACCGGAAGCUGGUGGACUUUGACAGUGCCCGUCACAAUUUUGCCGGGGUAAACAAAGGCAAGAAAAAGGAGGGUAAUAAGAUCACCAAGCCUGCUUCUCUGCUGGAAAGGGCCGCUCCAGGCUGGGCUCAGGGUAUUCUGUCAGCCCAUAACGUGGCACAGACCAGCCUCUCCAGGAGUCAGGCAGAGGAAGAGUUGGAGAGGGCACAGAAGGUGUUUGAGGAGAUCAAUAUAGAUUUGCAAGAGGAACUGCCAUCAUUGUGGAACAGUCGUGUUGGAUUUUAUGUGAACACAUUUCAGAGUGUGGCUGGUCUAGAGGAGAAGUUUCACAGAGAAAUGGGCAAAAUCAGUCAGAAUUUAAAUGAUACUCUGGAGAAGUUAGAAAAUCAAGACAUGUCCAGAAAAACAGGUAGCCAAAGGGUGAGGACAUCAGCAGCUCAGAAGAGUGACAGACCACAAGAUGCCAAUCACACUUUGAGCCCAGGAGGACCACCGGCAAUUCCAAAAUCACCAUCUAAGCUAAGGCCUGUUGUUCCUCCACCUCCUAAAGUUACUCCAUCAAAGGACCUGAAGCAGGAAAGCAUUAUCAAUCUCUUUGAAGAGGCUGCCACUCCAAACAUCAGUGUCACCUCACCAACACAGUAUGAUGCUCCAGCCACUGCUAAUCUGCUGGAUAUGGACCUGGACUCACUCCAGGCUGCCACCACCCCAGCACAGACUUGGGAUUCAUGGGGGCAAGCAGAAAAGGAAGCUGAUGUGCCCCAGACAUGGGACGAUGAUGGUACCCAGCCUAUGGGCUCUAGCUGGGGCGAUGAUGGUUCCCAGGCUACCUGGGAUGAUGGUGGUAGCCAACCUGUGCGUGCUCCUCCCGCAUAUCCCACCUGGGAGGAUGAUGCCUCUCAGCCUGUGCAGGGGAAUGACAAUGGUUCUGUCCAGCAGGCCCAGGGGUGGGACGAUGAUGGGGCACAGGCCACAGACAAUACAGCUGCUACAGAAAUUGAAGCUGCUACAGAAGCUGAAACUCCGGCAGAGGCAACCACCAAGAGCACAGAGAGUGUAGAGAUGCCAGAAACCUUCCUGUUCAAAGUGAAAGCAAUGCACGAUUACACUGCCAAUGACUCUGAUGAGUUGGAGAUGAAGGCAGGAGAAGUGGUGUUGGUGUUGAACUAUGAUAAUCCAGAUGAUGAGGAUGAAGGGUGGUUAAUGGGAAUCUUAGAAUCCGACUGGAUAAAGUCUAAAGAUCAUGCAAAAAAAGGAGUCUUUCCAGAAAAUUUCACCCAGAGAAUGUGAGCCCGGACAUCAGCCUGAUCUGUGUCACUUCAACCCUUGCUCCGUUUCUAUUACUCCUUAUUCCACCUUCUAAACUUUCAAUAAAUAUGCAUAUAUGGAAAAUCUGUCCUACACCAACAAUUGCACAAUCUGUUGGUUAGGUUUGUGGAAGUUGUUUGCAUUGUUUUGGGUGUCCUCAUCAUGGCUCCAAUUUGUGACGGUGUAAGGACAGUAUGAAAUUGGAUAACCCCAUUCUUUGACAAAAGAAAAGUGUCAUUCUGUUACUUUGUUUUGCCUUUUAUGAUGUAGAGAAAGCUGUUUCAUCUGCCAGUGAGUUGCAUACCCAAAGUUAGGAAAUCGUCUAGUACUUUGGUGUAAAUUUGAUUAGACUAGGCACUCCUAACCAUGUACUUUUUGUGUAAAAAUGUUUGAAUGUCACGUCUCUAAAUUACGUAUCCAAUUUCUGAAUGAAAAGCAAAAUGUUGAGGAAAUUGCUUAUCCAUGUGGGCUAAUGAUGUAUGAUAUUGCUUAAACAAACCAUAGUUCUGCCACAGGUGGAAACAAACAGUAUUUAUUUUUAAGUGGUGAAUAAUUGCCCUCGUAGUUGCAUAAUCCUUCAGUAUGAAACAGUGCUUUUGAGACCAAGUGCUGAGCACUCUUCUGUGGAGAUGGAACUUGGCUACUCAAUGUCAAAGAUCUACCAGCACCAUUGUUCCUGCAUGUUUAAAUCAGUAAAAAACUAAAAAGUAAAAAGGAAGCAGACUCUAAUAUAGUAUAUUUAGUAUAUUAAUAGAGCAUAUUAAUAUACUCUAUUAAUAAUAGUAAUAGAGUAUAUUGUCCUUCUCACUAUGCACUCAUUCCUUAACAUACAGUAUGCAGUUAAUGUUGACACUAAUGACGCUGACGUAUUUAUCCCCGGACACUUGCUCAGGUUAAAUGUUAAUGAGCCUGUGUGCUGUGUCUAACCCUCAGCUUUACUGUAUACAGUACACAAUAUUACUGGCCACAGAUGUCUUUGAAAAAGCCAUUCCAGAUAUCUCUGUUUAUUAUUGUACUUCAUUGUGCAAAUGGAAUCAUGUAAAAAUAAUGUGGCUGUCUGUCAUUCAGUGAAAAAGGGUUUAUAUUCUGUGAAGGAGAAGUAGUCACAUGCUCUUCCUUCUUAACAUGAAAUGCAAUAAUGUCUGCACAGGUCUUUAUUUCUUUAUCAAUUGUAUUCAUAAACAUAUGUCAGAGAUAUUGGCAUUUUGUGAUUUGAAAAAAAGGGGUGGAUAUUAAUGCUCACAAAUGUGAGUUUUAAUAUGGUGCAACACUCAAAAGUUAUUCAGAAUAUGCAUAAUAUGAAUUCCAUAAUCUUACACUGUAUUUAUAUUUUUAUUUUUGUAUAUUGUGAGACAAAUGAGAGUCUAUGUGCCAUGAACACUGGCUUAUAACUGGGGUCUUUUACUCAGUGUUCUUUUAAUGUUGCAAUCAGAAUUUACCAUCAAUCCCAUAGUAGCGAGAGCAGAGCCUAUUUAUAAGGAAGGACUAUUUAAAAGUAAGCCGGUGUUACAGAGAAAUUAAUUUACCAGUCUGUUGCGCUGAAUGAAAACUUGUUGUUUUGUUACGCCUGAUCUCUAUCUAAUUGGACGUGUCAUGUGACCCAAGCUUGGGGGGGUGUUGCGCUUCAUUAGUUUUGAAGCACGUGAGUGCGUGUUUGUUUGCACACCUGGUUUUUGUAUCCUGUACUAGGAAAUCAAUGUUAUCUGUAUAUAGAGCUGCCACUGCAUCUUUAUUGAGUUCUCGUGCAAGCUCUUGAUUAAACGAAGAAGACAUAUCCUCCGCCCGUGCUUAAACUCAAUUACAAUAUUUGCUAGUGUUGUUGUGAUGUUGCAUUUGUAGCUGUUAACAUUGUGUCGUUUUGUUGAGUUCCGUCACUAAAGAUUCUCUGAACAUAUCUAUAUCUGUGAUUAGUGUGAAUGUGAAAGGGGCAUGUUAAAAUCCAUGAGCAGUGUGUUAGUGUGUAGUAACUUGGUGUUUUCUUGCUGAGGUGGACUGAGAGACCAGGGCCAUUUUAAGGCACUAUAAGCCAUGAGUGUAGUCAUUCUAACAUCCUGUAUCCUGCUCACUCACCAAUGCUAAUAAACAUGGAUUUAAUCCUGUAUUAUUUAAUUUUGUGUGUGUGUGUGUGUG